UGCGACAAUUUGAUUUUCCAGCAUAAAUUCAGAAUAAUAGUUUCCAAGGAAUAUUGAAGAACAUUGCACUCUAGGAAAUAAAUAAAAGAUCACUGACGUGUCCAUUACAGGAUGAUAGCAAUGUCCUAAAACAUUGCACCAGCAACGAUCUACCAAAAAUUAUUAGAGAUAUGCCGUUGUUUACAUCGCUGCUGCCACCCAAUCUACCACCCUUCCCAACCCACCCACUUCUUGCGAAGCACACACCAACGCAAACGACCAUCUUUCUCGAAAACUCUCACCGAAUCGAGAGUGAUUGCGGGAGAUUGCGAGAGAAAACGUCAGGGUAAGUACACGUAUUGUUGCCCUUCUCGCGAUACAACCGGUCGUGGUGCGCCCUGAUUGGUCCACGAAAACCGGCUAGCUCGAGCGCCGACCGCCGCGGGGACGCUGUGAGUGAGGAUUUAUUCACCCGUGCGAGCACCGUUUCGGCAUAGUUUCAUCGCAGCGACAGACAAGAAAAGAUCUCACACCGAAGUUCCAGUCAUCAGUGAUUUACAAAAGAAAGGAAAAUUUGUAACAGCCAAGAGCAAGUCGUGAUUGAAAGUGAAACGAUUUAUUUAAAUAACCCCAGGUGCAUUUGCAUAAUAGCAGUAUAAGAAUUGUGUUGAAAUAGUGAACCCGAAUCUGUGAUAAAGCCGAAGGAAGAAAAUAAUCUUCUCUCCAAAAUGAGACUUCUUUCGCCGCACUGUCUGAUAGCGGUCACUUUUGCCGCUAUCUUGACGGCAACUGCGUUCGUCGCACAAGACAAGAAGGAACAAGACUACGGUACCGUUAUCGGCAUUGACCUGGGAACGACCUACUCAUGCGUAGGCGUCUACAAAAACGGACGCGUGGAAAUCAUUGCAAACGAUCAGGGCAAUCGUAUCACGCCGUCCUAUGUGGCGUUCACUUCCGAUGGUGAACGAUUGAUUGGCGAUGCUGCCAAGAAUCAACUCACCACCAAUCCAGAGAACACUAUCUUCGACGCCAAGCGUCUGAUUGGUCGCGAGUUCAAUGAUCCAACUGUUCAGCAGGACAUGAAACUCUUUCCGUUCAAGGUCACGGAGAAGAACUCCAAACCAAUCGUAAAGGUCAGCACCAAUCAAGGUGAGAAGACUUUCACGCCAGAGGAGAUCUCCGCAAUGGUUCUGGGAAAGAUGAAGGAAACCGCGGAAGAGUAUCUCGGCAAAAAGGUGACCCACGCGGUAGUUACCGUUCCGGCGUACUUCAACGAUGCUCAACGCCAGGCUACCAAGGAUGCAGGGACCAUUGCCGGAUUGAUCGUUAUGCGUAUCAUUAACGAACCCACGGCUGCCGCUAUCGCUUACGGCUUGGACAAAAAAGAAGGCGAGAAGAACAUCCUGGUGUUUGACUUAGGCGGUGGUACUUUCGAUGUAUCCCUGUUGACCAUUGAUAACGGCGUUUUCGAAGUGGUUGCUACCAACGGAGACACCCAUUUGGGAGGCGAAGACUUUGAUCAGCGGGUGAUGGAUCAUUUCAUCAGAGUUUACAUGAAAAAGCAUGGAAAGGACAUCCGGCAGGAUGUUCGCGCUGUUCAGAAGCUACGCAGAGAGGUGGAGAAGGCGAAGCGUGCGCUAUCAUCCAGCCACCAGGUUCGCAUUGAGAUUGAGUCGUUCUUUGAAGGUGAAGACUUUAGCGAAACUUUAACCCGGGCCAAGUUCGAAGAGUUGAACAUGGAUUUGUUUAGAGCCACCAUGAAACCGGUGCAGAAAGUUCUUGAGGAUGCCGACAUGAACAAGAAGGAUGUUGACGAGAUUGUUCUGGUUGGAGGAUCCACGCGUAUCCCUAAGGUUCAGCAGCUGGUCAAGGAAUUCUUUAACGGCAAGGAGCCAUCGCGCGGAAUCAAUCCUGACGAAGCUGUGGCAUAUGGAGCUGCCGUUCAAGCUGGAGUGCUUUCGGGUGCUACCGAGACCGAAGGACUUUUACUUCUGGACGUGAAUCCGCUGACUUUGGGCAUUGAAACUGUCGGCGGAGUUAUGACCAAGUUGAUUCCUCGUAACAGCGUCAUUCCGACGAAAAAGUCCCAGAUCUUCUCAACAGCUUCUGAUAAUCAGCAUACCGUAACAAUUCAGAUUUUCGAAGGUGAGCGUCCGCUGACCAAGGAUAACCAUCUGCUCGGCAAGUUCGAUCUUACUGGCAUACCACCGGCGCCACGAGGAAUGCCACAGAUUGAGGUAUCGUUUGAAAUCGACGCUAACGGCAUUCUGCAGGUGUCCGCCGAAGAUAAGGGGACUGGUAAUCGCGAGAAGAUUGUCAUUACCAACGACCAAAACCGUCUGACUCCGGAUGAUAUCGAACGCAUGAUUCAAGAUGCAGAGAGAUUCGCCGAAGAUGACAAGAAACUAAAAGAGCGGGUAGAUGCCCUUCAUGAGCUGGAGAGCUAUGCGUAUAAUCUGAAGAAUCAAAUCAACGAUAAGGAGAAACUGGGAUCGAAACUUUCCGACCAUGAGAAGAACAAAAUUGAGGAGGCGGUCGAAGAGAAGAUCAAGUGGCUGGACGCGAAUCAGAAUGCGGACACGGAGGAACUUAGGAGUCAGCGCAAGGAACUCGAAGAAGUCGCUCAGCCGAUCAUCGCCAAGUUGUACGCCAGUGGUGAAAGUUCACCGCAGCCGGGCACUGAAGGCGAAGAUGAUGAGGAUCCAUUCAAUGAUGAAUUGUAG